AUGGCAGAGAAGGAAGAGAGAGGCGUGGACUCCCUCUCAUUGACGGUGAUCUCAGAUCAAGAGCAAGUGAUUGCUCGAAAAGCUGCUGCAGAAUUUGAGUUCUGCACUUACAAUGCCUGCUUAUCCUCUCUGAAGAAACUCGAAUCCCUUCGUCCCCAUGAUCCAAAGCUUCAGCACAACAAGGCUGUAACAGAGUUCUAUCUGUCAGGUUGUAAGGCCACUCCUCAGUAUCAGAGGGCUAUCACCAGUGUUUGCAAACAGGCUGGUAUCAAGCUUGAUGAAAUGGAACGUCUGGAUGACGUGAAUCAAGGCGUUCUCUAUCUUAAUCAUGCUGUGAUUUUGUAUCAUCAUCGGCAGUAUCGAGCUGCCAUCACCAUCCUCAACAAACUUUUUUCCUUUGUGGAACCAUUGGACGACAGGUUGGUGGCUCGGAUCAGCUGUCUCUUGUGCGAGUGCUACCUUUGCAUCCAGCAGCCAGAUAUGGCCCUUGGGAUUGUGAGCUUCAUGGAGAAUUCCCUGAAGUCUGGGAAGGAACCAUCAGGCCAUGAAGGAGAAGUUUUCAAGGGGAAGGUUGUUGAAUACAGGGUGAAAUGCUAUCUUCAGAUGAGGAACAUCAAAGUCCUGAAGAAGGAAGUCAAGAAUUUGACUGCCAAUGGAGGCAAUAACAUGUCAGCCAUCUUCAUGAAGGGGAAUUUGGAAUAUCUGAAGGGGAACCAUCGCAAGGCAGUUCAUUUCCUCAACUCAGCUGCCCCAUUGCUGCCAAUGGUGUCAUUACAGGAGAGGGGAGAGUCCCUGCCUGUUAUGUAUUACAAUAACAUGGCCUGCAUUCAUUUCCGCAUGGGGAAGCCCAACCUAGCCACAUUUUAUCUGCACAAGGCAAGCCAGGAAAAUGAGGCUGCACUCAGAGGACUUAAGUCAGACUCAGGAGAUUCAGGGGGAGUGCCAUUGUGGACACAGUUUGCAACCCGUCAUCCUGAAUUGCUCUAUAACAUGGGGAUCUGCCUCCUCCAUGCUGGGAAGCCCCGAGCUGCUUUUGAUUGCCUGGUUGAUGCCAUUCAAGUGUUCCAUUUCAAUCCCCUUUUAUGGCUUCGCCUUGCUGAAUGCUGCAUUGCUGCAUACAAAGCAGACAAUGAAGUGGAUUUCCACUUGCAAGAAAGAAAGAAAGAUCUGGUUCAAGGCACAGUUGGGGUUGGGGUUCAUCGCAAGAUCAUCCUACCCCCAAGAAUCUCCACUGGUCAACCUCAAAACAUGGAGGAGGGUGGGGGUGCUAUGCCUGUUGUCUCCCUGGAGUUUGCUUCAUUCUGCCUGAAGAAUUCACUAUUCCUCCUGGCAGAGCCCAUAAUUGGCAAGAAGAAAAAAAAGGAUUCGACUGGAGAAGAGGAAGAAGAGAAGCCUCUGCCAAAGAUCAGCUCACCAACAUCUUCACCUACCAAAAUGGCUUCUGCUCAGGUGUGCCCAUCAAAUCCUCUGAAAACACAGGAGCUUGGCUGGCUCAAGUGUUCUGUCUUGGCAAGCAGUGCAUAUGUUUCCUUGCGGCUGGGUGAUCCUCUGCAGGCACUUCAUCAUGCUCUCACUCUCCUUGAACAGCCCAAGCUUCCAGGAGUAUACAGGCUGCUGGGUCAUCUGUAUGCAGCUGAGGCUUUGGUUGGCCUGGAUAAGAUCUCAGAGGCCAUUGACCAUCUGAAUCCUGACAACAUUAAAGAUGCAAGCAUUGUAUAUCCUCCUACUGAAGAGCAUGCAUCAAAUGAUCACAGGGAGAAGGAGAGAGAGAAAGAAAGGGAACGGGAACGUGAGGGAAGCAGGGAGGCAAACCCAAUGCAGCCCCGAUUUGCACCCAAGUGGUUCCCUAAUUCCCUCUCUACUGCCAAAAUGGUGAUGCAGUACAAUCUAACUGUGGCUCAUUCCCUCCGUGGGGAACUGGAGAAGGCAGGAGAGUCCCUGAAGACUCUGUGGGUUUCAAAGGACCCCAAUACAGACAUCCCCAUCCAGGUCAUCCUACUGGCCCUCUAUAUACAGGUUCAGCUUGGACAUACUGACAUUGCCAGGAAGAUCAUCAAGCAGCAUUGUCCUCAGUAUAGUGUGGGAGAGAAUGUGAAACUUCUGCUGGAACGAGCAGAUGGACAGUACUGUUUCCGUCUCAUGAGGGACCGUGUGUACUACAUGUCUGAGGUCCUGAUGAAGCAGGCUGCAUCCAUUGGUCGAGAUGACCUCCUCAGCGCUGGCACUUGCUUUGGCAAAUUCACCAAGGGCAAGAAGUUCAGGCUUCAUGUCACAGCUCUUGACUACCUUGCCCCAUAUGCUCAGAAUGUAGUUGAUUGGAGAAUGCCCCAUGUUACAUGUGUCAUAGUUUUUCAACAGUACAAAGUUUGGGUGCGUCCAUCAGCUGAACAACAGUUCCUUUAUGGUCAACACAUCUUGAAAUCGGGCCUAGCUCGCAUCUCAGAAGCCACACCCAAGUACCAAGGUGUCAUCAUUCUCUCCAUGUCCGACCUCCCUCUGGGGUUUGGGGUAGCAGCCAAAUCAACAGGUGAAUGUAGGACUGCAGACCCAAUGACCAUUGUUUGCUUUCAUCAGGCUGACAUCGGAGAGUACCUGAGAAAUGAGAAUGAAUUGAUAUGA